AUGCCUCAGGCGGAGGCGCUGGGCGAGGCCGCAGUGCGCAGGCGCGCGGCGGCCUUUGGGAUUGGAUGGCGGCGGGUGGUGCGCGAACCCCAAGGAGGAGAGGCGGUUGGGGCCGCCGGGCGCCACAGGCCCAGAAUUGUUUCUGAAGGGGAGCUAGCUCAGCUGGCUAAGGUCCAACCAUUAAUAUUCAAUUUUAAUGAACAAACAACCAUCAAGGAUUGUUUGAAAAUGAUUGAGAAAAAAGUAGCAGAAUAUGAUACCAUCAAGGAGUUUACGGAUUUAGAAUUUGCAAAUCGGCUGAAUGAGUUCACCUAUGGGAGUAAACUAAUUAACAGAGAAAAGAACAGAUACCGAGAUAUUCUUCCAUAUGAUUCAACACGAGUUCCUCUGGGACAAAACAAAGACUACAUCAAUGCUAGUUAUAUUAGAAUAGUCAAUUAUGGUGAAGAGUAUUUGUAUAUUGCUGCCCAAGGACCACUGCCAGGAACGACGGAAGACUUUUGGCAAAUGAUUUUGGAAAAUAAUGCUAAUAUUAUAGCUAUGAUAACCAGAGAGAUAGAAGGUGGAACCAUCAAAUGUCAUCAUUACUGGCCUGUUUCUUUGAAGAAGCCUUUGGAAUUGAGUCAAUUUCGCAUCUUCCUGGAGAACUAUCAGAUACUUGAAUGCUUCAUCAUUCGAGUGUUUCAAAUUGUGAAGAAGUCCACAGGAGCUAAGCACUUUGUAAAACAGAUGCAGUUCAUCAAGUGGCCAGACCAUGGCACCCCUGCCUCAGCAGAGUAUUUCAUAAAAUUUGUUCGUUAUGUGAGGAAGAGCCACCUUACAGGACCCCUGGUUGUUCACUGCAGUGCUGGUGUAGGCCGUACAGGGGUGUUCCUGUGUCUGGAUGUUGUGUUCUGUGCCAUCGAAAAGAACUACUCUUUCAGCAUCUCAAAUAUAGUGGCCCAAAUGAGAGAACAACGUUAUGGCAUGAUUCAAACGAAGGAGCAGUAUAGCUUUUGUUACGAAGUUGUGCUUGAAGUUCUCCAGAAACUUUUCACUCUGGGUUAAAAAAGACUGGCAACAAAAGCCUCUCGCUUGAGAUGAUGAAGUGGCUUGGAACUUCCUCGCAAAGGACAUGUGGGAGCAAUGCCAAAGGCCUUGUUUGUUCAUGAGAGUGUGUUUCCUAGGUCCACAGAUUCUCUUCCUGAAAGCUCCCUGAGGGCAGCCUUGGUUGUUGCAGGUUCCCCGUGUGUCUCAUUAGACAAGCUCCAGUCUCUCCCAGGCUUUCCAGUGAGACAGAGGUUACACAGCCUAACUAUUUGCUUGAUGGGGUUACAGAGCCCAAUAAACAACCUAAACUGUAUUCAUUAAAAUUUUAUUUGGAAAAGUGGCCAAAGGGAGCUGAAGAUUUCUGAGACUUUUAUAAGCCCUUAUUCUGGGAGAACAUAGUGCCAAAAAGUGAUUUUUAAAGGCAAUUUUCAAACAAACAUUCAUCCAUGUUCAUUAGCUAGAGUCUGUACUUCCAGCUGGUGUUUGAAAAACCCAGUCAAAAAGAGUCCGAGGAGGUGGAUUAACUUUGGACACACGUAGAAUUCCUUUUGCUUAGUUUUAGACACUCCUGUGGGGCUCCGGGGAACUCUGAGGAGGAGCUGCCUUCUCUGCACAGCUGGACAAGGUCCUGUUGGCAUGAAAAGCAUUCCACGGGUGGACAGAGUCCUCAUCUCU